GUUGGCCAUGUGAGCUAAUACGUCAUCGUGUCACAAGGUAAACAAUAUGGCGGCCUACUUAGUGCUCUUGUUAGCUGUUAAACACUAAAUUUCAAUGACUACCUACUUAAAACAGAUUUAAAUGUUUUGGCCCCUUUCCUUGAUAGCAUAUAUACAUUGGCAGGUCUUGUUUCACUGUGAACAAGUCUGUAAAUAGUUGUGUUUAGAUAGCUACAUCGCAUAAAACCAGACUUCCUCGUCUGAGACAUUUGGAAUAAAACCAUGGCCUCGUCAUUUGUCGUCGGAGAUAAAUUCAGAAGUAAGGUGACAGAGUUAUUGGAAAAGACAGUGUCAUCUCUGCCUCGACGACUGAGAGAAGAACUGGAGAAAAUUCUUGAAAACCCAGAACCAACGACCCUGCCCUUCAGUACAGCGAGAAAACUCAAGAAAUACCUUCAAGAAGAAGGGCAUCCUUUCUACCUGCAUGAGUUGUUGGAGGACAGCGUCCUGCACCUGCCUGAAGUUGUAAAGCCUCCUAGAAACCCAGAGCUAGUUACACGACUGGAGAAGAUCAAAGCCAAACUAGCCAAUGAGGAGUACAACAGGAUCACACGUAAUGUCAAUGCUCAGGAAAUCAACCGGAAUGGAACACUAGCAGAUUUUGGACGGCAAGUACGAUCUGUCAAAGCUGUGGUGGUCACCAUAUUCAACUUCCUGGUUACAGUGGUGGCAACUUUUGCCUGUUCCUACAUGGGUAGUCAAUAUCUGUUCACUGAGACCGCAGCACGAGUGAUAUCAGCUGUGAUCGCUGCAUCUGUAGUCGGCCUUGCUGAGCUUUACGUCCUGGUCCGGACCAUGGAGGGAGAAAUAGGAGAACCUUAGCAGUUAUGCUGAAGGAAACGUUCAUACUGGAAUCGAAACCAACAAACUUUAGCGACCCUCAAAGCAGAAGUUAGACAACCUCAGCAAGCCUGCAGAAUCAAAACAGACCUCCUCGUUCUGUAAUGAGAACUUUGUCAACUUUGAGAUUUUUAUUUGAAGGGACAAUGUAUGUAUCUGCAUAAGAUUACUAAGAAUUUCCAAAUUUAUGACAGUAGGACCACUGAACACAAGCUGGAAUGUUAUGAGAAAGCACAUAGGUUCAAAAUGAAUUAAUUUUAUAACAUACUACUGCUUUAUCUAAUCAUUCCACCUCUCCAGACAUUUUUAAUUCAAUCAAAAUAUGAAUGAUGUUUUUUUAUUUAUUUAGUUAUUUUGCAUUUUAGAUUUCUGUUAAAGUUUAACCUUUUUUCUUCCUCCAACAUUUUUUUCUCUCUUCUCAGGUGUAAUUUUUGUUUUCAGUAAAUUUACCAGCACAACGGUAAGCAGUACCUUGUCUUAGAAAGUACAUUUUCCAUGCCUGCACUUAAAAGAUGUUUAUUCAGGAGAUACGGGAAUACUGUUGUGAAGACAGAGUUUGAUAAGACAGGAAUGUGGUCAUAUUUAAAUAGCAUCUCAGCGCAAGUUACUGUGGUUUAGAGUGUGAGCUACAAGACGUAUGAAUGGUUUAGUAAGUGUAGAUGUAGUCGAGCAUUUAAUGGAUGAGGCUGCUGUGGUUCCAAGUUUUUCUCAUUGUCAACAAAUUGCAUGAAGUCAACAAAGCCUUUAGUCCAGUUAUCAAUCAUUUCUGUUGUUAUUUUGUCAUGUUGUUUUACUUUUCUCUAGUUGCCCUUGUUUUGAAUAACCUACUAGCUGUGGCAUCAGUCAGUAUUAAUAUUUACCAAAAUGUUGCUGAAUUAUUUUAGCAUCCAUCUCCACCUGACAGAUGUGGUAAUAAUUGUCUUCUGAUCUGUGCUUACUGUAUCUGGUUUGAAGUGAAUUAUAGAGCCAAAGCAACACAUGAAAAACAAGUGAUUAUUGUGCACCAGGGGUGCAGCGGCUAUGAUAAAAGACUUAACAUCCUAAGAGCACUAACACCAUGGAUCUUAUUUCUAAACAGUUCUAAUACAGCAUAGAUGAUCUGUUUGCUCUGGGCUCUUUUCAUAUUUUUUGUAAACUAUCCCAUCCUCCUCUUGUCAGAUCCUGUAAUAUCAGUGGAAAGAUUAAAAGCUGUAACUACAUCUGGAAUACAAAAAAAGAUCUGAGACCUAAGAUUAGAGAUUUGACACCCGGAUUAAAGUUUGAUUGAAAGAUUAUUUGGUAUUAAAGAUGAUUAUGAUAUGCAGAGGUCUCUGUCCAGCACUGGACGAACAUUGGGCACUGUUGUCUGUCAUAUUUACCUCUGUAUUAUACCUCUCAUGUAAUAUUUCAGAACUUAAAUCCAGGCAGAAUUACACAGCCAGUAAGCUGAUAGACCCUGAGCUCUGACUUUAAUUUAGUUCUUAUUUUCUAUGCCUUUUUCUUCCUUCUGCCCAUCAAACCUCUGUGGUACUUAUAAUGCAGAGAGAUAUGAAAAAAUAUAUUUUGGCUUAGAAAAGA